AUGGGGAGCGGGAAUCCAGCACAGCCCAAAGGACCGCGUGACCCAGGGGAUGAGCGGGUUCCGGUGUCAGGACAGAGCGGGGGAAUAUGGCGAUUACUAAUGCGACCUGCUUCCACGAGCACCAACGCAUGCAAUGGUGGGGGAAAUAGGCUGGUAUCCGGCCUGGUUGUGAUCGCUCACCGAUCGACAUGUGGAGUGAUGAAAACGUACUCCACGAUAUGUGUCCAGGAGACUGGAGUGCGAAUUGGUGCCAUAUUGAAAGGCCAUGGAAGCCUGACAAAACUCCAGGAGGCGGGCUACGGAUAUGUCCAGCUACGCCUAAAGCAUAUGCGCACACAUAAUGCAGCUACAACGUCAGAGGACAGACCAGCAGGCCACAAGCAGAUAAUGCAGCAGCACACAGUAAGUAAUGGCCAUGAUCUCGGCCAUUCCAAAGAGAAAAGCAGCGCGAAGGGCUCAGUGAUUAAACUGUUGCACACAUUUCCUAGGAAGCCGAACCUCAUAUUCAAGACAAACGUGCACAUGUAA